AUGCCCGGUAGUGGAGGCAGAGGAAGAGAUCUGGCCGCCUGGAUCUCGCCUGCUGUAGGGUCCAUCUUCUUUCUUCUUCUUCUCCGGUGGUCGGAGGGGAGAGGGAAGAAGGGGGCUGACGCCUCCUUCAAUAAUAAAGCGGCGGUGCACCACCUAUUGCAGCGUGCAAGCGGAGGGCGGCGUCUUUUCCUGGCCGGCCUUGGAGGCGAGGGGGAAAACGCGCGCGCGUCGGAGAACAGCGUCGUCGACGAGCUCCUGGCCGGCCGUGGAGGCGAGGAGGAGCACAGCCACGCCGUUGCCAGCUCAUCUGCUUCCAGGAGGUCUUACCUUCGCUGGUUUCGCUUGGUGCCGGAGCCGCCCGUCCCGGCGUGGCUCCGCGGCUUGCCGCGCGCCCCGGAGUACCGCCCCACCGAGUCCGAGUUCGCCGACCCCAUCGCCUUCCUCACCCGCGUCGAGCGCCACGCCGCCCAAUACGGCAUCUGCAAGGUCAUCCCGCCCUACCACCGCCCCUCCCGCCGCCACGUCUUCGCCCGCCUCAACCGCUCCCUCCUCUCCUCCUCCGACCUCUCCAAUCCCGCCGCCCCCGACCCCUCCAACCCUACCUCGUCCUCCGCCCCGCCCCCGCCCCCGCCCCCCGCCGCCGUCUUCACCACCCGCCACCAGGAGCUCGGCACCCCGCGCCGCGGCCGCCCGCCGCCGCAGGUGCUCAAGCAGGUCUGGCAGAGCGGCGAGCGCUACACGCUCGACCAGUUCGAGGCCAAGUCCCGCGCCUUCUCCAAGGCCCACCUCGCGGGCCUCCGCGACCCGACCCCGCUCCACGUCGAGUCCCUCUUCUGGAAGGCGUCCGCCGACCGCCCCAUCUACGUCGAGUACGCCAACGACGUCCCGGGAUCCGGCUUCGCCGCCUCCUCGCAAGCGCAUCUGCGCAGCAACCGGAGACGGGAUCCUGGGACCACCAACCAACAAGUGGCGGAGGACAAGUCCGUAGGCUGGAGGCUGUCAAGCAGCCCCUGGAACCUCCAGGCCAUUGCGCGCGCUCCCGGCUCCCUCACCCGCUUCAUGCCCGACGACGUUCCAGGGGUCACUUCUCCCAUGGUCUACAUUGGGAUGCUCUUCAGUUGGUUCGCCUGGCAUAUCGAGGACCAUGAGCUGCACAGUCUCAACUUCCUCCACACCGGCGCGCCAAAGACGUGGUAUGCCGUUCCUGGGGAUAGGGCUGCCGAGCUCGAGGAAGUUAUCCGUGUGCAUGGAUAUGGAGGCAAUCCUGACCACCUUGCGUCGCUGGCUGUGCUCGGGGAGAAAACGACAUUGAUGUCCCCCGAGGUCAUCGUCGCUGCUGGUCUGCCCUGCUGUAGAUUGGUACAGUAUCCUGGUGAGUUUGUGGUCACAUUUCCAAGGGCCUACCAUAUUGGAUUUAGUCAUGGAUUUAAUUGCGGAGAAGCUGCCAACUUUGCAACUCCCCAGUGGUUGAAGUUUGCCAAAGAGGCUGCGGUUCGAAGAGCUGUCAUGAAUUAUCUUCCAAUGCUCUCUCAUCAACAGCUACUGUAUUUGCUAGCAGUUUCCUUUAUAUCCAGGUAAAUAUUGUUUUUUCAGUCACUCAACAUGCAGAUAAACGUAGCAGAAUACUAGUAGUAACUUUUUGUCUUCCGAAACAAGCUGAAUGGUUC